AUUUCUUCUGGCGUCUCUGACAUUUCUUGAAACAUAACUUAGAGCUCAGUAAAGGAUUUAUCUGAAACAGCAAUUAACUGUCGCAACCCAUCUGAUAGAGCCUGAAACGAAACUUAGCCUAACCUAACCCUAACUAAAUUAGCCUCCACUAUCAGGCUGAUAGUGGAGGCUAAGUUUCGUUUUCUCUAUUUGGCGCAGUGACUUUCGGUUUCCAUCCAGUGGUCAGUUUAUAUUCUCGCAGUCAAUUUCAUUAAAGCAAAUUGGAAACCGAUCAACACGUCCGGCGACACAAAUGGCACGUCGCACAAUGUCUGUCCUUCCUCAGUGGUCCACUCGUAUUUUUUCAGUGGAGCUGGAUGGAGCACCCUUCUACUUUUCAACUCAAGAAAAGCACCGGGGAGAAGAGGUGCCCCGGGUGUUCAGGAAAAUACCAAACUAUGGAAGGUGUUACUCUCUCCUUGUCUGCAGCAGCGACAGAAUCAGACGUGCCAAGUUUUACGGGGAGCUGAAAGACAAAUUGUUGAGAGACUUGCCUCCAGAGUGUCAUUUGUCUCCCAUGUCCGCAUUCCUGCCAAAUGUCAAGGAUUCUCUCUUAAAGGGGUACUUUUUAAACGAUCAUUCUGAGAGCUCAUCCCCGACGGAGCGACUAUUGCGAGAUUUAAUGCAGCGUGACCCAGUGCUUGUGUGUUCAUACUUGAGAGGGGAAGGCGGUCAACUGUGGACUCAGCAUCUGUGGUCUCAUGCAGACAGCCAAACGAUGGAAAUGUCAAAGUAUUACUAUAUGGUCCCCUCAGAAGCGCCAGAAUACCACCCAUCUACUCUCAACAUCAUCAACUCUGAUGUUUUCUACAGUUUUGAGGAGGCCUAUGACGUUCUUAAAAAGUGUGGUGACAUCAUCCCAGAGGCAAAGUCUGUGCUGGAGCUGCUGGCCAGCAGAGCGGAGGCCAGAAGUAAACCAGACUACCCUGUUAUUGUCAUAGAGGGCCUGGAUGCCACAGGUAAAACCACUCUGACUGAGUCUCUGAGGGAUACUCUUGGGGCCUGUCUUUUGCCGUCCCCUCCCCAGUGUCUGUCUCCCAUGAGGGCCCGCUUUGAUCGGGAGCCGCCCCUCAUCCGCAGGGCCUUCUACGCUCUGGGGAACUACAUCACAGCAGAACAAAUAGGCCAAGAGGGCAUGAAGACACCUGUCAUCAUUGACAGAUUCUGGCACAGCACAGCAGCGUAUGCCAUUGCCACAGCAGUGAGUGGUGCAGUGUGCAACCUGCCAGCGGAGGAUUCAGAGAUUUACCGUUGGCCCAGUGAUCUGCUCCAGCCCAGCCUGGUGGUCUUACUCACCCUGGACCCCGAGGAGAGGAAGAGGAGGCUGAGGAACAGAGGUCAAGGAAAGACUGAAGAGGAGCAAGAGCUGGACGACAACCAGCUUUUCAGACUCAAAGUGGAGAAGGCUUACCAGAGGAUCAGGGGCCCACCAUGUGUCACUGUGGAUGCUAGCCCUUCUACAGACCAAGUGCUCCAAGAAGUGCUGCUUUUAAUUAGGGGCAAAUGCCACUUAUAAACAGUUCUCCAUCCUCCCUGCUGUCGGCCAAACAUCAAGUGAAUGUAGUACCUCCAUUCACCACUGGGUGCCAGUAAGGUGUUGUCAAUGCACUAGUAGGAGGAAUGGUGGCCAGAUUGGAGUGUGGAGAAGAGAUUAUUUUCAGAAUGAGUAAAGGUUGAAUGGCCAGGGGCCAGAACUACAUGCUACAAUCAGAAAUACAUAUUCAUAUAGACACACGCAUGCACAGAUUCAGAAACACACACACACACGCACGCACGCACACACACACACACACACACACA